AUGAGGGGAAAGUUCAUCACCAUCUGGUCAGUAGCAGUUCUCUUCAUUCUGCUGCAGGCAGAUGUCACUCUCUCCAGAAGAGGAGGGAGUAGAUCCAGGUCUAGAUCCAGAUCCAGAUCCAGUUCCACCAAUAGGGGAAGCCAGCAUGAAUCUAGCAAACCUGUCAUGAACUCUGAACCAUCUGCGGAGGAAACUGGGCAUCUUGCCUAUGGUGCUUCUGCUUCACAUCACAACCAAAAAACCCACAUCCAUCAUAACAACCCUUCCUCUUCACAAUACAAUCCCAGUUACCCACAAAAUGGUACCUAUUCCCAAUACAAUCAUGAUAUUCCAUUGAAAUUUGACAACUCUUUUCAUAGACUUGGCUAUCCAGAAAACGCUGGCUUCCCUAACUAUGGAGGAGACAGCAGCUGGGACCAAUACUAUAGUAAGCCAUGGAAACCUAAGCCUUCCAAGCACAAGGCCAUGGCAUUAGCAGUGGCAGCAGGUACCAACGGUGACUUCCUCUUAGGCCCUGGCAUGUCUGCUAUGCAUUUCCAUUUUAAUGGCCUCGAUGAGGAGAGGUGGUGGCACGAGAACCGCGAUAACUACCCUGAUCGAGUCUACUUCCCGUGGUACGAACAGCCUGUCCCGGAGGAUGUCUUUGUGAGGGACUGUUGGAACAUCACCAUGAGAGGGUUCGUGGCUCCCAGUGGGACUGAAACAGCUGACGAGAUGGAAACCAGGGUUGUGGGACAAGUGGUGCACCAAAUGUGUGCAAAGCAAUACCAUGUGGUUCUGCAACAUUCCAUAGGAGACAGCGCCUGGGACACACACAGAAUGAGGCCUGGGUCAGGUGCAGCUCUCACAGGAGCUGCAGGCGAAGCUGCUGGCACCUAUGGCUUAAGUAGGCACAUUCUCACGCCGAUAGCACUCUUCUAUUUGCCAGCCUUUCUGUGUUAUUGA